AUGAAGUACAACUACGAUCGCAUUUACAUUGACCACCUCCACCGCCGUGUGUUUGAGCCCUGCUUCUAUGAAGCCCCCACGUUACCGCUCCUUUGGGAGUAUUAUCCCUGGAAAACCGUUGGUAUUGCCAUCGUCGCCAUUUUGGUUUGCAUUGUCUGCGUUCCUUUCUGUCGGCCGGCGCGUCCCUUUGUUGCUGCAACGAUCAAGUUGCUAGUUGCCCUGGUUGCGUUUGUCGCCUUGACAAUCGUCCGUUUUGUCCUCCCGUCUCCGCCCGCAAAGCAGUUUUAUCUGCGUUUGCCACCAUCACCACCGUCUCAUGCCGCUUCCACUCAUCCCCGUCUCCAUUCCUCUCCGGGUAAUUACCCUGCCGUCAAUGGCGAAGAGCUUGGUGCUGCUCAAGCAUUGAAAGGAAUGUCGAAGGCUAAAGUUGUGGAUGUUGUCGCCGUCGCCGUCGCCCAAGAGCACGUGCAAAGAGAAGAAGUAAAAGCCGCGAAGGAUGGUGCCGCGCAAAAGUACGACGUUAUUGAAGCCGCGAAGGACGACGUUUCCGCGCAAAAGUACGACGUUCCUGAAGCCGCGAAGGAUGGUGAUUCCGCGCAAACGUACGACGUUGUCGAAGCCGCGAAGGGUGGUGCCGCGCAAAAGUACGACGUUGCUGAAGCCGCGAAGGAUGGUGCCGCGCAAAAGUACGACGUUCCUGAAGCCGCGAAGGACGGUGAUUCCGCGCAAAAGUACGACGUUGAGCAAGCCGCGAAGGACG